AUGCCAGUGCCUCUUGCUAUCGCUGCUCCAGCUGCCGCGGCAGCUCUCGCCUACGUCAAUGCGCGCGGCGCCCUGUGGAAUGACUUGCGCGUCCUGGAUGGCCAGUACACCGCGCUCGUACGAACUCUCUACCGCAUGAAAACCGACCGUCUCAAUGUGUUCUACCUACUUGAAGAAUGGGCACAGUCGCGCAGCCACGCACAUAGGAACCUGGUCCUUUUUGAGGGCAAACGCCACACCUACGCGCAGGUGUACGACCGGGUUCUGCGCUACGGCACCUGGAUGAAAGAGAAUCUGGGUGUCAAGUCGGGAGACAUUGUGGCCAUGGACUUUCAGAACUCGGACUCGUUCAUCUUUGUCUGGUUUGCUCUGUGGGCCGUCGGUGCCAAGCCGGCAUUCAUCAACUACAACCUCACCGGCAACGCGCUGACCCACUGCAUCAAGGUGGCCGAGACAUCUCUCUGCCUGGUCGAUCCAGCCGUGGAGGACAAUGUCACGGAUGACGUCAAGGCAGAGAAUCCAGGGGUCAAGUUCGUCACGUUCACGCCCGAGACCGAAGCUCAAGCUUUCGCUGCGCCGCCGAACCGGUUGCCCGACGAGCAGCGCUCUCAGGCAGACUACGCCGACAUGGCCAUCCUGAUCUACACUUCUGGCACGACGGGUCUCCCCAAGCCCGCCAUCGUCUCCUGGAGCAAGUGCAUCGGUGGUGCUGGCAUUGGCGAUCGCGUUCUCCGCAUUGGCAAAAACGACAUUGUCUACACAUCCAUGCCUCUAUACCACUCGGCGGCCGCAGUCCUCUCUUUCUUGGCUGUCCUCCACGCAGGGAGUACUCAGGCUUUGGGUCGCAAGUUCUCCACCAAGAGCUACUGGAGUGAUGUUCGCGAGAUGGAGGCGACAGUGUUGCAGUACGUUGGCGAGACGCUGCGGUACCUUGUCGCCGCGCCACCCCAGAUCGACACCAAGACAGGCGAGAACCUCGACAAGAAGCACAAGGUUCGCUUGGCGUAUGGAAACGGUCUCCGUCCCGACGUCUGGCGUCGCUUCCAGGAUCGCUUCGGCGUCGACGAAAUAGGCGAGAUGUAUGCCGCCACCGAGGGCACAGCUGCGCUGAUCAACAUGUGCGCCAAUGACUUGACUGCCGGCGCCAUGGGUCGCACAGGCUGGCUGACCGACUUCCUCAUGUCUCGCUCCAUCGCCGUGGUGGAGGUGGACUGGGCUACCGAGGAGCCAGCCCGCGACCCCAAGACAGGACUCUGCAGAAGGGUCAAGAACCGCGGCGAUCCUGGCGAAAUGCUCUUCCAGCUGCCCUCAGAUGAUCCAACGAAGCGAUUCCAGGGUUACUACAAGAAUCCCCAGGCCAACGCCAAGAAGCUCAUGCGCAACGUGCUCAAGGAAGGCGACGCGUGGUUCCGCACAGGCGACGUCGUCCGCUGGGAUACCGAGGGCCGGAUCUGGUUCAACGAUCGGAUCGGUGAUACAUUCCGCUGGAAGUCGGAGAAUGUGUCCACCUCGGAGGUCAGCGAGGCCGUUGGCAUGCAUCCUGCCGUCAAGGAAGCCAACGUCUAUGGCGUGGAGCUGCCCCAUCACGACGGACGAGCGGGUUGUGCCGCGGUCUACCUCUACCAGCACGCUCCUCUCGACGAAACUCUCCGUUCACUCGCAGAGCACACACGUAGCCAGCUUCCCAAGUACGCGGUGCCGUUGUUCCUCCGGGUGGUGAAGGGUGACCCCGGAGGUGCGCACACGACAGGCACAAACAAGCAGCAGAAACAUUUCUUGCGUCAGGCUGGUGUGAAGCCGGACCCAGCAACAGAGGAAGAACUGGGAGAGUUGUACUGGUUGGCUACCGAUGGCUACAGGAGGUUUGGCGAUAAGGAAUGGCGUGAGCUCGAGGGUGGAAGGGUGAAGUUGUAG